CACCAAUACGAACAACAAUACAUACGUAUACCCCAGACCCCGCCUCGUCUUCUUCCUCGAACCCACCAGUGCGAAACCCAGCAAGCCCAGACCCCGCAGCGUCUAUUCGCUCUUCGUACAGUAUUCCGGCCUUCAUCGUCGGAAGAAUCUGUAGCAUCGGCAUCUGUAAUUAAGAUUCAACCAUUCUAAAUGAUUCUUCCGAUUGACCCAGCAAAUAAAUUAUCGUUUAAGCGCUUUAUUAAAGAUGGAGAUUUGGUCAUUGUGUAUGAGAGGCACGACACAAUGAAAGCAGUGAAGGUCAGUGAGGAUGGGGUUCUGCAGAAUCGUUUUGGUGCUUUUAAGCAUUCUGAAUGGAUAGGUAAACCUUUUGGGUCCAAGGUUUUGAGUAACAAAGGUGCUUUUGUUUACUUGUUAGCUCCAACGCCUGAGCUAUGGACGCUAGUACUGAGUCACAGAACCCAGAUUCUUUAUAUAGCUGAUAUUAGUUUUGUUGUUAUGUACCUGGAGAUCGUUCCUGGUUGUGUGGUUCUUGAAUCUGGUACUGGAAGUGGAUCUUUGACAACUUCGCUUGCAAGGGCUGUUGCCUCCACUGGCCAUAUUUAUACCUUUGAUUUCCAUGAACAGAGAGCUGCCUCAGCUAGGGAGGACUUUGAAAAAACAGGGUUGAGCAGUCUGGUCACAGUAGGAGUAAGAGAUAUACAGGGCGAAGGGUUCCCUGAUGAAUUUUGUGGGAGAGCAGAUUCAGUAUUCUUAGACCUUCCUCAACCUUGGCUUGCCAUUCCUUCUGCUGGCAAAAUGUUGAAACCAGAUGGGGUAUUGUGCUCCUUCUCUCCAUGCAUUGAGCAAGUACAACGCUCAUGUGAAGCACUCAAAUCACAGUUUACAGAUAUAAGAACAUUUGAAGUACUUCUUCGCACCUAUGAAGUUAGACAAAAGAUACUAGAGAGCUGCCCAGUAAAUGAAGGAGAUUCUAUUGAGCGUCCUCCACGGAAGAGGAGGCAGGGUUCUGCUGAAGGAAGCAAUGGGACUGAAUGUUCUUCUUCUCCUACAGUGGUGAUUAGGCCUUCUGGUGAGGCAAGAGGUCAUACUGGCUAUUUGACAUUUGCCAGACUCAAAUGUUUUGUGUAGUAUGUUUCAACGAAUAUCCAAUUUUUGUGGUCGGGUACACUGUCCGUCCUUUAGAUGUUGUGCUUAUUUUUUUUGUUGAUUCUACGAGUAGAUAUCAGACAAUUUUGUCUUGAGAUUUAACAAAAAGGUAAAGAAUUGCUUCUACUCG